AUGGUGUUGUUACCGAAUAAACCUGCACCACAAUUCAAAGGAGAUGCAGUGAUUGAUGGUGAAUUCAAAGAGAUCAGUUUGAAGGAUUAUUCAGGAAAAUAUGUAGUAUUAUUCUUCUAUCCAGCUGAUUUCUCAUUCGUCUGUCCCACAGAGAUCAUUGCAUUCAGUGAUCAAGUUGAAGAGUUCAAGAGUCGCAAUUGUCAAGUGAUUGCUUGUUCCACUGAUUCCAAAUACAGUCAUCUUGCAUGGAAUAAUCAGGAUCGUAAAUCAGGUGGAUUGGGUCAGAUGAGAAUUCCAUUGUUGGCUGAUCGUACAGGUGAGAUAUCGAGAGCGUAUGGUGUUUUGGAUGAAGAUGAUGGCAAUGCAUUCAGAGGUCUAUUCAUAAUCGACACGAAAGGAAUUCUACGUCAAAUCACCAUCAAUGACAAACCAGUUGGACGAUCUGUAGAUGAAACAUUACGAUUACUGGAUGCGUUCCAAUUUGUAGAGAAGCAUGGUGAAGUAUGUCCAGUGAAUUGGAAACGUGGUGAACGUGGAAUCAAAGUGAACCACAAAUAGAUUGCUUAUUACUCACCUACAAAUGCACUUACUCACUCACUCAUAAUAUUGACGUUUUGCGAUAUAUGUGUGUGUUUUCUGAUUUCAGAAUAAAUGAAUCUGUGGGGAGUCGAAUUCUUCUCCAUACAAACAUC